CUGCAGCUCCGAGCGGACUGUCAGAAGAACAGGAAGACUCCUCCGGCGCUACAGACGCAGUCGCUUCCCCCACUUCUGUCAUUCAGGGGUUAAAAAAAAGUUAACUAAAGUUGUAGCAGUCAUGGAAACUAAUCUGGGAGACGCCGUCGGGACAACUCAUCCGUAACAACAGCCCUUCAGCCGUGUUGUAGUCACCGAAACAACUCGUGGAAGCGGUUUUUUUGUUUGUUUGUUUUUUUUUACCUACUGUAGCCAGACAAGCUAGCCUAGCUAAAGCUAACGUUAGCACAGUUAGUAUCAUACUUUUCGGGACUCAAAACUCACACUGUUAAAGUUUGGGGUUGUGUUAGACGUUUAUACAGUCGGGAUAGACGUCUCGUUUGCCGUCUGCGAGCUCAGACAGGCUGUUUUCGUACUUUUCGCCCCUAAGACUCUCGGGCUUGUGCUUUGAAUUUCCCUCCUUCACUGACACAGACAGGCGGCUUAGCGAGGGGGUUCGUUCGGAGUCGUUGGCUUCCUACCAAAUCAUUAGCAACACAGUGCUAAUUGUGGCUAGUUAGCCAGGGGACUAGCCUAGGCCUAAGGGAAUUUCACAGUUAUCCUUUUCACACCGUUCCGAGGAAAUAUUCUUUUUUUUUGUUUUUUUGUUUUCUACGUUUGCGUGUUGGGAGAUUACCGCCCACACGGGUUUAUUUUGACACCUAAUUCAAGUAAACGGAUUAAUUUAUGAACAUGGAUCCCAACACGGGGAACUCUGCCUCAGCUGCUGGUCCCAAGAAGGACAAGAAGUCAAAGAAGAACUACGAGGAUGGAGAUGGGAAAAAGAAAUUUAAACUCAAACGGCUGAUUCCGGACGAGUUGGAGCGUUUCACCAGCAUGAGGAUGAAAAAGGACAAGGAGAAACCUGGUCAUAAUCCCAAUCAGCGACACUCCUCAGCUGCCAACUAUGAGAUAAAUGCUCAGAGUGCGAUGAUGCACAAUCAUUCAGAUGAGUACGUCCUGGAGCUCUUCGAACAGAUGCUGGUGGAUAUGAACCUGAAUGAGGAGAAGCAGCAGCCUCUACGGGAAAAAGACAUUAUGAUCAAACGAGAGAUGGUCUCCCAGUAUCUCCACACAUCUAAAGCUGGCCAAGACCAGAAGGAGGGCUCCAAAUCAGCCAUGAUGUACAUCCAGGAGUUAAAAUCAGACUACAGAGACACACAGCUGCUGAGCUGUCUGGAAUCUCUGCGAGUCUCCCUCAAUAACAACCCUGUCAGUUGGGUGCAGAACUUUGGAGAUGAGGGGCUGGCCCUGCUGCUGAAUCUGCUGAGAAGACUACAGGAGGACAAAGACGAGUACCCAAUGGUGGGAGUGAAAUGUCAACAUGAGAUAAUUCGUUGUCUAAAAGCCUUCAUGAACAACAAGUAUGGUCUGAAAUCCAUGCUGGAGUCAGUUGAGGGAAUUCCCCUGCUGGUCAAAGCCAUCAACCCUCGGGUGCCACAUAUGAUGGUGGAUGCUGUCAAGCUGCUCUCUGCCAUCUCCAUUUUGGAACAUCCUGAGAACCUUCAUGAGCGUGUUUUGGAGGCCAUUACUGAGGAGGCAGAGAGACGGGACAUUGAGAGGUUUCAGCCUCUCCUUGCUGGCAUGAACAAUCACAACAUUGCUCUUAAGGGUGGAUGCAUGCAGCUGAUCAACGCCUUGAUCAGCCGGGGAGAAGAGUUGGACUUCAGGAUCCAUAUUCGCUCUGAACUACUAAGGCUGGGACUCAGAGAACAGCUGACGGAGGUGCGCAUGAUAGAAAACGAAGAGCUGAGGGUGCAACUCACAGUGUUUGAUGAGCAGGCUGAAGAUGACUCUGAGGACCUCAAAGCACGUCUAGAUGACAUCCGAAUUGAGAUGGAUGAUGUGAGGGAAGUGUUUGACAUCGUAGUCAACACUGUGAAGGACUCCAAGGCUGAGAGCCACUUCCUGUCCCUGAUGCAGCACCUGCUGCUGAUCCGUAAUGAUUAUUUGGCCAGGCCUCAGUACUACAAGUUGAUAGACGAGUGUAUUGCUCAGAUCGUGCUUCACAGGAAUGGAGCGGACCCUGACUUCAAGUGCCGCAACCUCAGCCUCAACAUUGAAGGCCUGAUAGACAACAUGGUGGACCAGACCAAAGUAGAAACCAGCGAGGCCAAGGCAGUUGAAUUGGAGAAGAAGCUGGAUGCCGAGUUGACCGCACGCCAUGAGCUGCAGGUGGAGCUGAAGAAACUUGAGGGCGACUAUGAACACAAACUACAAAACUUAAGCCAAGAGAAGGAACAGCUGGCCACAUCUAAGCUGGAGCAAGAAAAGGAGAACCAUGAAUUACAACAACAGCUAGGCACUCUGCAGAAGCAGAUUGAAAACCUGUCUAAAGAUCUUGAAGAGGCCAAGACUAAAGUUAUCACCGUUACUGUUCCUGUGCCAACACCCGGUUUGCCCCCCCCUCCACCGCCUGCCCCUCCUCUCCCUGGCCAGAACACAGGCAUAUCCCCUCCACCUCCGCCCCCACCUCUACCAGGUCAUGCAUGCAUAUUUUCUCCCCCACCGCCCCCUCCUUUACCUGGUCAUGCUGGUAUUCCUCCCCCCCCUCCCCCUCCCCCUUUACCAGGCAUGCCAGGACCUCCACCACCUCCACCCCUCCCUGGCAUGCCAGGACCUCCACCACCUCCACCCCUCCCUGGCAUGUCAGGACCCCCACCACCUCCACCCUUACCUGGGAUGGGACCUCCACCACCACCACCACCGCCUGGGUUCCCCGGUGCUCCUCCUCCACCGCCAGUCUUCGGCAUGCCUCCAGUGCCAGGCAUGGGGGGCUGGGGUGCACCUGCACCCCCACAGUUGCCUCAUGGACUCCAGCCUAAGAAGGAGUACAAGCCUGAAGUCCAGCUGAAGAGAGCCAACUGGAGGAAGAUUGGACCUGAAGACCUAUCUGAAAAAAGUUUCUGGAUCAAGGCAAACGAGGAGAAAUUUGAGAGCAAUGAGCUCCUUGCCAAACUCACCUUGGCCUUCUCUUCGCAGACAAAGACCACUAAAGCCAAAAAGGAGCAGGAUGGGGGAGACGAAAAGAAGCAGAUGCAGAAGAAGAAGGUGAAGGAGCUGAAGAUUCUUGACGGCAAGAGUUCGCAGAACCUUUCCAUUUUCCUAGGAUCAUUCCGUCUCCCGUAUGAAGAGAUCAAGAACGCCGUCUUGGAGGUUAAUGAGAAGAUCCUCACGGAGUCCAUGGUUCAGAAUCUGAUCAAAAACCUGCCGGCACAAGAGCAGUUAAACAUCCUGGGAGAGAUGAAGGAUGAAUAUGAUGACCUGGCUGAGUCUGAGCAGUUUGGAGUUGUGAUGUCCAGCGUGAAGAAGCUGAUGCCACGGCUUCAGGCCAUCCUGUUCAAGCUGCAGUUUGAGGAGCAGAUGAAUAACAUCAAGCCAGAUGUGGUGUCUGUGACAGCAGCCUGCGAGGAGCUCAUGAAAAGCCAAGCCUUUACCAAGCUUCUAGAAAUCACCCUCCUUGUUGGGAACUAUAUGAAUGCUGGCUCCCGCAAUGGAAAGGCAUUUGGCUUUACCAUAUCAUACCUGUGCAAGCUGCGUGACACCAAAUCUGCUGACCUGAAGCAAACGCUGCUCCAUUUCCUGGCUGAUGUGUGCCAGGAGCAGUAUCCUGAUGUCAUGAGCUUCACAGACGAGCUUAUCCAUGUGGAAAAGGCCAGCAGAGUUUCUGCAGAGAUACUUCAGAAGAACCUUGAGCUGAUGGGCCGUCAGAUCAAGACUCUGGAAAGAGAUCUGGAGACCUUCCCUCCUCCUCAAAAUGACAAAGAUCUAUUUGCAGAGAAGAUGUCCAGUUUUGUGGCUAAUGCCCGCGAGCAGCAUGAGAAGCUGGAUCUGCUGCAUAAGAAUAUGGAGAAGCAAUACAAUGACCUGGGAGAGUUCUUUGUCUUUGACCCGAAAAAAAUCUCUGCAGAAGAAUUCUUUGGUGACCUCAACACGUUUAAAAACAUGUUCCUGCAAGCAGUAAAGGAGAAUCAGAAGAGGAAGGAGGCUGAAGAGAAGAUCAAGAGGGCCAAACUGGCCAGGGAGAAAGCGGAGAAGGAGAAGGAGGAGAAACUCAAGAAGAACCAGCUCCUUGACAUCAACGCAGAGGGUGAUGAAACUGGUAUCAUGGACGGCCUGCUGGAGGCACUGCAGUCUGGAGCUGCUUUCAGGAGAAAGAGAGGACCACGGCCAGCAGCCAACCACCGACGAGCUGGUCAUGCAGUGACCAACAUCCUGGCCAAAGAGCUGAUGCAGGAAGACGCACCUACGUCCAGCAAAGUGCCCGCUAAGAAGAAGAAGUCAGAGGAGAAAGAGGAGCCUAAAUUAGAAGGAGCAGAGUCGUUAGAGGAGUUACUGGACGCUGUUCCCACCCGGUCCAAUUAGGCACCCUGGGUGGGAAGUUUUUUUAACCACAGAGCCAGUGAUAUCCAAACACAGAUGUAUUUCUUAACCAUUCCAGGGGCCAAUACCCAUCUGAGAUUAGUUUACUGAGAAAAAGAAAAGGCCCUUUGUCUUAACAGGAGCAUCCUGUAGGCUAGCAUUGACUGUGUCUUCUGCGAGGACAGGGAGAGGCAGAGCGUGAGGACGGGACUCUCACCUCAACCCCUGUAUGUUCCUCGUCAACCUCUGGAUCUUUGACACUGUCAUAAAGAUUUUCUUUCCUCGGCAUGUGCACAUAUCUGUUCUUGUAUUCUGUCUGUUUCACAUUAUUUCUGCAUCAUUUGACUUUCACCUGUCAUUCAUCACAGGGCAUCUUGAGCGAUUCCAAAGACUUACUCAGGAGGGAUCCACACUUUAUUUGCGGUUAUUUCCAAAUCCCAAUUUUUCAACCGGGAGAGUCUGGAAUCUAGCACAUCCUGCAGGUGCUUCAUAUAGUUUUCUCUGGAUGUUCCAGGCCAACACCAUGCGCUUUUUCACUUUUUUUUUUUUUUUUUACACCUUUAAAACAUAUUGCUUUGUAAUUGUCUGAUAUACUGUUUGUAAACAUUGACUAUUUUGAUGUACUAUUGAAAAAAAAGUGCCAACCAAUUGAAAUCUAGUCUUAUCAUUUCACUCCCAGGACUGGUCCUGUCACAGUUCACACUGGGCUGGUGUGUGCGCGUGUGGAUCCAGUCCAACAACAGUCAUCACCUGAGUGUUUGUUUCAGUGUGUGGUUUUUUUUUUUGUUUUUUUUUUUCACUGAGAAGGGAUUUAGGGAUUCACUGCUGUGCAUGUAUUAGUUAGAUUUCACAUAAAAAGGAGGGAUAAUUUGCAUCAACUUGUCUGAGCUAUGUUAAGACACGUGCCCACAACAGUCAUAUGAAGAUAACCUGCUUACAUGAACAUGAACAUUCCCAUUAACUCUGGAGGGAAGUAGAGUUAGCCCGGAGGAGAAAGUUCUUCUACAGUCAGUUAAACCAAAAAGAAACUUAAAAAGGGUGUUACCACACAAAACCUAUCCUGAGCAGUUUACAUGCCUGUGUGUUUAUGUGUAUGAGAAUAUCUGAGUGUGUGAAGUGAGCCGUCUAUUUUUAGUUCUGUGUGCACGCUCAGUCUCCUACAUAUGUGUGUGUGUUUGUGCAUGUAGAUUUGAGUGUGUGUGCAUGUGUGUUGCCAUCUGUAAUUACAGUACGGUACCGACCAUGUUGUCAUAAAUGCUGGGUUUUAUAAACAGCUUUGUGGUCUCUCUGCUGAGGAUAUAGCACACUGGAAAACUGCCCAAAAACUGCUGAGACAAGUGUGUGUGUGUGUGUGUAUGUGUGUAUGUAUGUAUGUGUGUGUAUUCGUGUUGCUCACCCACUUCCCCUCCCACUGGACUGCAACAGUAGUUGCUGAAUGUCUGGCCGCCUUGCUCUUAUUUGUAUUCAGUAGCCAUCAACAGACAUGUUGCCAUGAUGUGGUGGUGUACUAUCUGACAGUGAUCCUGCCAGGUGAUGUCAGCUGCUCCAUGCAAUAUUUAUUCCUAUGCAAACACAAUACUGUAGCCAGCCUCAGGAUGUAGAGGGGUGGACUCAACAAACAGCUGAUUCAAGAUCAGUGCUUCAUAUCAUAGAUGAUUGAGGGGAAAUCCCCAAAAGUUCAGGAAUCAGAACAAUCUAUUGGGUUCACCAGCGUUUUAUUUCUUAAGAUGUGGAGGAACUGGUGCUUAAACAGUUAAAAAAAGAAAUGAGAGUUCUUCAAGUACAGUAGGUGUAUAAAUCCUUGUUCUGGUCGAGUGCUGGUGCUUCAUUUAAAUCCGGUAACACUGAAUAAUUAGACCGCCCGCUCUCCAGCACAAAAUAUGUCAUGGCUGCAUUGAAACCAGAGACUCAGCUGUGUGCGACAUUGUGCCCAUCGCUUCAGCUGAACAGUGCCAGGUGACUGUACCACAUAAUGAAACCUGUCUGUUUUCAACAGACACAUGAAAAAGGAUCUCCGAACAUCACUGGAAUCUUUGUUGUUUUCUAAUUUGAGUUAUUAAUUUUUUUAUUUUAAAGAGAUUGUUUUCUAUGUGAAUUUUUACGGUUGAUUAUUUUAAUGUAUUUGAAUUGAGACAAGAUUUUUUUUCGUUUUCUCCAGAGGUCUGCUCUAUGUAUACAGAAUAAUGCACAUAGUCAUUCUGUUUGCUACACAGAAAUAUUAAAAAUGUCUUAAGUAACUUAAA